AUGAACUGGCCGGAGUCACGGAAAUGGAUGAACAUCGCAUUGAUGUCACUUAUGACCAAGGGUUCAUCCAUGUUUGCCCCAGGAGUACCAGUAAUCUUGGUCGAAAUGAACAACAACUCUUCACUGGUUGCGACCUUCUUGGUCUCGAUAUAUUUCCUGGGAUACGCUUUUGGACCUCUUAUUGUCGCACCGUUGAGCGAGCUGUAUGGUCGCGUUUAUGUUUACCAUGUCGGCAAUGUGACCUUCACUCUUUUUAGCAUCGGCGCGGCUUUGUCUAAAAAUGUUAGUAUGCUAAUGGCAUUUCGUUUUUUGAUGGGUACUGUUGGUUCAGUUCCGACCACUAUCGGCGUGGGAAGCAUCGUUGAUGUCAUGCCGGCUGAAAAACGCGGACGAGCGCUGUCUUUUUGGACAUUAGGGCCUCUUCUUGGCCCCUGUAUCGGCCCCGUCGUAGGAGGCUAUCUGAUAGAAGCUGUGGGAUGGCGUUGGGUCUAUUGGUUGCUUGCAAUAAUGGGCGGCACGUUAGGCAUCUUGGCCUUUCUAGUCAUGCGAGAGACCUAUGCCCCCGUUCUUCUCGAGCGAAAAGCACAACGCUUGCGUAAAGCUACAGGCAAUAACGAAUUUCGCACAGCUGCAGGAAAUGUCGAUGGAAACAAGCGCAUCAAACAAGCAAUUAGUCGACCACUAAAAUUUCUCCUCGCCACACCAAUCGUUUCGAUCAUUGCCUUCUACGUCGGAAUCAGUUAUGGAAUAUUCUAUCUCCUGAUUGCAACUUUUUCCUUUGUUUAUAACACGCAGUAUAACUUUAGCCAGAGUGCCGCUGGGUUAUCGUUCCUCCCCGCAGGGCUAGGCAUGAUGGUGGGAUCCUUAGCAUUCGGACCUCUUCAAGACUACCUUGUCCUCAGAGCAAAAGCCAGAGUGGGACCUGAAGAGAAAUACAGAUCAGAGGAGAGACUCACGCCUUGGUUGACAGUACCACUAGGCCUGGCGCUACCUUUUGGGCUUCUCUUAUACGGAUGGACAACGUUUUACCAAGUACAUUGGAUCGUGCCUAUGGCUGGUGUCGCCAUAUUUUCUUGUGCACUUAUAGGAAUUACGAUGACUCUACAAAGCUACCAAAUGGACGCGUACACAAAGCACAUUGCCUCAGGGUCGGCAGCAGUCGCCUUGUUUCGCUCUCUCAUCGGGUCGCUAAUGCCUUUAGGAGGAUUGAAAAUGUAUGAUGCAUUAGGUCUCGGAUGGGGAAAUACUCUUCUGGCGUUCAUUUCUUUGUUUUUAGUUCUUGUGCCCACCGUUCUAUACCUCUGGGGACAACGACUGCGACGAAGGUUCGAUCCUGCCAUUUGA